AAUUAUCAAUAAAUGACUCAUAGUUAUGGUUUGAAGAAGGGUACAAGAAGCAAAUUUGCAAAACCUUUUAGAGGACAUGGAAAUAUCUCAAUUCGUAAGACCCUUCAGACAUUCAAAAGAGGUGAUUUUGUCGAUAUUUUGGUUGAUGGUGCUUAACACAAGGGAGUUCCAUUUUAAUAUUAUCAUGGCAGAACUGCAAGAGUAUUCAAUGUCAAUCCAAGAGGAAUUGGUGUCUCAUUAUAAAGAAGAGUCAGAGGAAGAUAUGUGGAGAAACGAUCCCAUGUUAGAGCUGAUCAUUUGAGACCAUCAAAAUGCAGAUAAGAAUUUGUUAAAAGAGUCCAAGAGAAUGACAAAAAGAAGACUGAAGCCAAGAAAAAUAAAUAAGUCAUUUCAACCAAAAGAUAACCAGUAUAACCAAGAGGAGCUGCCGUUGUCAUUCCAAAAUAAACAACCUUCUAACACCCAAAGGCUUUUGUAGAAAUUAUUUGAUAAAUAAAUCAGUAUAUUAAUAAACAAAAUAGAAAAAUUCUA